AUGGGAGAUUCACAAGGAAAUGGUAAACGAAAGGAUUAUAAAACUUGGACCGCGGAAGAGAGCAAUGUUUUGCUCCAGCUCAUGGUUGAAGGCGCUAAGCUUGGGUUCCGUGAUAUUAAUGGUCUUAUGCGUCACAAUUCUGGAUUUGGGUGGGACCCGAUCACAAAGAGAUUCACUGCACCUGAUGAAGUAUGGGCAGACUAUUUAAAGUCACAUCCAACGCAUGCGCAUUUUCGGACAGAAACUUUUCGAGACUAUGAGGAUUUGAAAAUUGCAGUUGGUAAUGGAACUGCAACUGGGAUGGGGUCAAUAGGUUUAGGUGAUGAUACAGAUGCCACAACAUAUGAAGUAGGAGAAAAUGGAUCUUGGGAAAUGGGUGGCAUAGAUGACUUGGUCUUUGAUCAAGAUAAUCACACCUUUGUGCAAAAUGAAAAUGAGUCAUCGUACCAAGAAAACUUGCCAUCUCUUUCCCGACAACGCACCCCAGGUAACAAUGCAAAUGCUGCACCACAUAGCAGGGCUCAAGGCAAAAGAAGUAGAGCUGAUUAUGAACAAAGUAGCAACUCAAAAGGGGUAGCUACUCAAGCUGAAGUUCUGGAAAACUUAUCAACUGGCUUUGGUAAAAUUGUCACCACUUUUGAUACAAUUUGUGGCAUAAUGGAGAAGAGAGAAUCAAGAGACACUGAAUGUUGGAUUGCUAUUCAGGAGACCCCAGGAUUAACUGAUGAGGCUAGCUUUUUUGCGCUUAGUUUUCUUAACACCAAGGCAAAGCAAGACAUCUUCUUGAAGAUGAGUCUGGACCAACGACGUAAUUGGAUCACUUGGGCACGAAUUUAA